AUGUGCACACGGUGCCCCACAGAAGGAGGGCGGUGCUGGGUGCGGAACCGGGCCCCCGGCGCUGGGGGCGGAGCGGAGUUCGGGCGCUGGGGGCGGAGGCGGGCCCCCGAGCGCUGGGGGCGGAGCCGGGCCCGGGAGCUGGGGGCGGAGCCGGGUUCGGGCGCUGGGGGCCGAGCCGGGCCCCGGGGCACAGGAGGCGGAGCCGGGCCCCGGGGCGCUGGGGGCCCUUCGGGUUCGGGCCAACAAAGAACCGCCCGGAUACCCACGCCCACGGCUGGGCCUGCUGGUCUCUCCGUGCUUCUGUCGGACACAGUGUUCACCUCCCCCUGGUGCCCCGGCUGGCCUAUCUCCUGUCGGGUGGAGUUGCCGGGCUGCCACCUGCUAACGAAGAGGAUGUGUCACCCAUACCUGCUGCUGGAAUUUCUCCCCGGGCAGAGAUUACAUUCUGUGAUGCUCCAAGGACAGUGGUGCUCCAAGGACAAAGGACGACCCUGCCUGAAAAAGUUUCAGCUUUUCACCCCCUACCGGACUCUUUAAUUGCCCUCCCUGCCAUGUUGCGAUGGUUAUGAAAUUCCUGAGCCCACCUGGGUGACGGGACCUGUCCCAAAUAAGGAAAGGAAUCUGCCCUGUCCCACUUUCACACUAUAGAAGGAAGGUAUAUGUGCCUCGACCAAUCAAUAAACGAAAUUUUCACCUUGGACCAUUCCUUUGUUUUCUGGCUGAUCAAUAGCACAUGUUCAGGCUCAACUCUCCCAGACUGCUAGGAAGUCGGCCUGCUGUUCUGGCAGCGACCCUUCCCUCUAACAAAUUCUACCUUCUUUACAUUCUGCCUUAUGUCUGGAAAUUCUUUUCCAACUGGCGUUUGGACCAUGAUACAUUCUAUUAUAGGUUAUUACAAGAUAAUAAAAUUCACUGUGCUAUAUAGUAAA